AUGGAGAAGUUCAAGUGCUCAAAAAGAACGGUGAGUCGUCUUUGGGCUGAAACAAAAAACAACAAGGCAUUGGGACAACAAUACAUUUACAAAAUCGAAAGGAGCUUAGCACAUGGAGUUAGCUGUUCAAAAACAACUGUGUGGAGAUGGAUUCAACAAGGGCUGAUCAGAGCACAUACUUCAGCCAUACGGCCUGAUUUAACGGCUCCAAACAAGCUACUGAGAUUGAGGUUUUCAUUACAAGCACUUGAAGUCGAUAGCAUCUUAAGAAAUCUGAGGUUUAGGAGCAUGCACAAUACAGUGCACAUCGAUGAGAAGUGGUUUUACAUGACUAAGGGGACGCACAGACCCUUGUUUGGGCCUGAUGGUGAGGUAAUAUUUGAUGAAAAAAUUGGGAUAUUUCCAUUUACUCAAAAAGUGCCAGCACAGCGAGCUAGCAAAAACAGACCAGUAGGGACCAUGGUGACCAAGUCAAUAGAGUCAGUCACUAAAGAGGUGUAUAGGGAAUGCUUGAUUCAAAAGAUGCUCCCAGCCAUUAUGGCAAAAUGGCCAACUGGAGCAAGCAAAGUUAUCUAUAUUCAGCAGGACAAUGCAAAGCCACAUAUCACAAAUGAUGAUCCAAUUUGGAGACAGCAUGCCAAUCAAAAUGGGUUCACAUUUAUUCUAGUGCAGCAACCACCAAACUCCCCAGACACUAAUGUCAAUGAUUUAAGGUGGUUUAGGGCCAUCCAAAGUUUUCCAACACAGACUAGCAGCCAGACAAUUAACCAAUUAAUAGAGGUUGUACACAAAGCAUUUGAAGAGUUGUCUCCAAACACUUUAAACAAUGUGUUUCUAAGUUUGCAGGAAUGUAUGGUUGAAAUUAUGAAGGUUAAAGAUGAGAAUUCCUACAAAUUGCCCCAUAUGAAAAAUGGGGAACUUGCUAGGGCUGAUGCACUUCCAUUAAAUUUGGAAGUGUCUCAGGAUUUGGUAAGAGAAUGCAUAAGCUACUUAAUAGAACAGAGAGGUAACCAUGGGGCUUAG